UGGAGCGCCAAGGCACAGGACAAGGAAGACCGAGUGGUGGCCACCAGGUGCUUCAAAGUGAGCGUGGCCAACGAGGAGGAGGGCAAGCCGGCGACGAUCAAGUGGGUGUUCGCCACCAACUCGCACCCCGAGCUGCGAGAGGCCUUGUUCAGGUUGCGGGCCAACGGCGGCCUCCGCGCGGCGGGGAUUCUUCUCGACUUCGAUUCCGCCCCGCGCUCGAAGGCGGCGAAGCAGCUGGAGCAAAUGGUCUUCAAGAAGGGCACCCGUAGGGCUCCCAGCACCUUGUAAGUAGCAAGUGUUAGCGCCGAGACAUCGGUAGGCCUUUAGGCUAGCCCACCGCAAAACUUCCAGCCGAAUGUUCGAGGGAGUAGCGACGUGAA